AUUUUGUUGCAUUAUUGUAUUGUGUUUUCCAAUCCAAAAGUCCAAAAGUCCAAAAGUCCAAAAGCCCAAAAGCCCAAAAGCCCAUACAUCCAAACAAUCACAUUGAUUCAUUUGUUCAUUCAAUCUGAUAUCUCCACCUAUCUGCUAAGUCUUCAAGCUACAGGGAAAUGCCCAAGGUUGAGCCAUCAAACUACACUACUUGGGACUAAGGGGAAACUAGUAGCUAGAUCUUAUCUACAAAGUAGACUUCCUGAACUUUUCCAUAAUUCAUUUUUAUUCGUCAAUUUCAAUUUCAAUUUGCAUCAUUACAAUAUCUUCUCCCCGUAGAACUUGCUUCUGCGCUCUGCGAGCGUGAGGCAGAUACGAAAAUUUGGAUACCUAGGUAGCUUACCACACAUCGCACUCUUUUUUCUUUCUUACCUCUGACCUGCAAAAAUUGUCAAUAAUGUCUUUCCCCUCACCGGCUUCAGGGCCAGCCCGGCGUCGUGGAGAUUCUGUCUCUUCAUACUCUAGUCCCCGUCUCAUCCCUCGUUCGUCCCCUACCCAAGAUGGCGUCUCCAAUAUGCCAUCCGAUGUGAAUCACGGCUCCUUUCGAGGUCAAUCUUCUCAGCAAAAUUCGACUGCUAAUAUUGCCGGCACUUCACACCAAUACCAACCUACACGUUCUUUUGUUCAUCUCUCCUAUCGUGGAGACCCAGGUACGUGUCACCUCACCUCAUACUUCAGAUGAGAUAUCGCAAUUGAUCAUCAUCUGACAUCAUCGCAGCACCCGUAGACAGCGCACAGUAUGCCCGUAGUGUUAGAGAAGAUACCGCCGAGCUUGCAUCAUAUGCCCUGUCCGACACCCCAGCCGCAGUUCCUCCUUCCCCUACCCGACCACGCACAACGCAGAUGCAUCUCGAAUCAUACUUCAAUGGAGGUGAAGAAGAGUCAAGGCUGAACCGAGAAACUGAAACUUCACGUCACGAAACUAUAGAAGAAGUGUCUGAGCCAGUCACUCCAGAGGAGCGCUCCUCGAGCAGCCUUCCACAAAGCGCAUCUGGUAUAGCCAAUAUGCUCAGAUCCUCUCCUCCAAGUACAUCACCGCCAAACACAGAUGGAGCAUUUGACUAUGGAGCCAUUGAAAAUAAUCAUGAUGAUACCGAUUCGCCGAAUGGCCGUCUUAUAAUUACCUCACAAGGUGUCAAGAUGGACUCGACGGAACGCACCCCCUUACUGUCUAAAGUUUCAUCCUCGCAUACACAUCCCAAUUGGAUCAGAGGAGAUCACGAUCUUGAAAGUUUACAAACGAAAAAAGUACCAAGUUGGCCGAAGCUACAGAAUGCCUUGAAAUCAACUAGAGAACGAAGCACUACCGUUGUUGAAACUGCCUUCAACCCCAAGCGCUGGGAUAAAAAGGCAAUAUGGCAAAAUUGUGUCAUGGCACCGGUUCAAUCUCUCCCGUCAGUACUUUUAGGAGCGCUUCUCAAUAUCUUGGAUGCGUUAUCAUAUGGAAUGGUAUGUUUAAUUGCUGCUUACACCGAUUACACAGGACCUUAAGAACAGUAAAGUAAGCCCUAAUCCCAGGGCUUACUUCUUCUAUUACUUUUACUUCUAACUUUCAUUGCCCGUUCCAAGCCAAUGACCUUCAAAUCCAGAACUUACUUUCAUUAUGCCUAUUACAUGCUAACAUUUCUUUCUGUAGAUCUUAUUCCCUCUAGGACAGCCAAUCUUCGAAAAACUUGGUGCUGCUGGAAUUUCCAUAUUUUAUGUGAGCACAAUUAUUUCGCAAUUAGUGUUCUCAUGCGGUAUGAGUACAUUCAAAGGAGGUAUUGGUAGUGAAAUGAUAGAAGUUGUACCAUUUUUUCAUAAAAUGGCGUUUACGAUAAUGGAAGUCGUUGGCGAAGAUAAUCCCGAAGCCGUCAUCGCGACUACUAUCACGUCAUAUGCGGUUAGUUCCAUUUUGACAGGUCUUGUAUUCUUUUUGAUGGGAACCUGUGGCUUUGGUUACAUCGUUGGAUUCAUUCCCAGACACAUACUCAUAGGAUGUAUUGGUGGUGUUGGUUGGUUCCUCAUCGCUACUGGGUUUGAGGUUACAGCACGCCUUGAUGGGAAUUUAAAUUACGACUUAAACACUCUGAACAAGAUGUUUGAGUCUGAUACAAUUGCUUUAUGGGCUAUCCCUUUCGCCAUAGCUCUAUUUAUUGUCUGGUCACAAACCAAAAUUACCUCGAAAUUUUAUUUAUCCGCUGUCAUCAUGGUCAUUCCAGCAGUAUUUUACUUCUUUGUCCUUUCAUUGGAUGAGCUGGAAAUACCUAAUUUACGUCAGAAGGGCUGGAUUUUUGAGGGACCUGAAGCUAAUGAGCCAUGGUGGUAUUUCUGGACCUUGUACAAAUUCCAUCUUGUGCGUUGGGACGCCAUUAUUGAAACAGUCCCUGCUAUGUUUGCUUUAACAUUUUUUGGACUUUUACAUGUUCCUAUCAAUGUUCCCGCAUUGGCCAUCAAUGUUGGAGAGGAUCAUCUUGACUUGGAUCGAGAAUUAAUCGCACAUGGUGUCUCAAAUAUGCUAUCUGGAUUUGCUGGAAGUGUUCAAAAUUAUUUGGUUUAUACCAAUUCGAUACUUUUCAUGAGAUCAGGUGGUACUCGUCUGGCUGGUAUUUUACUUGCCGCCACUACGUUCGGUAUUCUAGUGUAUGGACUCAUCUUAAUCGGGUACAUCCCCGUCAUGAUGGUUGGGGCUCUCAUCUUUGUACUUGGAUUCGAACUUUUGGUUGAGGCAGUUUGGGUACCAAGGAAGAAGUUAAAGUCCCUUGAGUAUUUGACAGUAAGUUAUGAUUGAAUAAAAUUCCUCUUCGAUUCCUAUCACGUCGGAUGUUCACAUAUCUCGAUAAAAAGCUAACAUAUCUAGGUAUGCGUAAUAGUUAUCACAAUGGGUGUCUAUGAUUUCGUCGCUGGAAUCUUCAUUGGCAUUGGUUUGGCCUUCGUAUCAUUUGUAGUCCAAACCUCUAGGAUCCCUGCAGUCAGAGCAUCUUACUCAGGUGAGAUAGCUGGGUCCACUGUUCGUAGAAACGCUACUCAAUCCCGCUACCUUCGAGAUGUUGGCCAACAAAUUCACGUUACAAAGUUGGCUGGAUAUCUUUUCUUUGGUACUAUCGUCAGUGUCGAGGAACGUAUCCGUGCAUUAGUCGAAGAUGAAGCAUUCACUGAAAGACCCAUCCGUUUCUUGAUAUUCGAUCUUUAUCAUGUGACGGGAAUUGAUUAUUCCGCUGCAGAAGCGUUUCUUCGAUUGAAUCGCAUUUUCAGCAAGAAAGGUGUUACCUUAUGUCUUAGUGGAAUUGAUUCUGAAGGUCCUAUAGGUAGUCAUCUAAGAUCAGUUGGUCUUGGUCAAGGACAAGUAAUUGAAGAUGGUAAUGAGGUAACAUUAUUCGAGGAUUUGAAUUCCGCAUUAGAAAGUUGCGAAAACGAAUUAUUGAAAACACUUUACGCUAGUCAACAAGCUCGAGCAAAUCGAAAUGUAACUUCAAAUCAAUUAGAAGUACCCAUAAGCCGAAAUAGCCGGAAUAAAUCAUUCUCGCAUUCUUUCGAUACUCAAUUCGGUUCUCCAAGACGUAGUCAACUUUUUCGAAUGGCUACAAAUGCCUUGGAGGAAACUAGCGUACCUGAUAUUAAAUAUUCUAAUUUCAAAGAACCCCUUCGCUUAAUUCUUCAAACCUUUCAAGGUCUGACCAAAAAGAAUGAAGACUUCUGGUUCCGCGUCGUGCCUUUCUUUACUCGUAAAGAAUUCCCCGCCGGAUCAACACUCUUCCGUCGCGGUGAACCAGCAAAAGGCUUCUAUCUUCUCGAGGAAGGUAUCCUCCGAGCCGAUUACGAAUUACCUCAAGGACGUUACUUUGAAAGUAUAGUUGCGGGAACCACAUGUGGGGAAUUACCAUUUUUCUCCGAGACGGAUCGUACGGCUACAGUAGUGGCGGAAAGAGAUUGUGUGGCUUGGUUAAUGGAGAAGGCGGAUUGGGAUUUAUUGCAGGAGAAGGAUAAGGAGGUUUCCCAGGAACUGUUGAGGAUUGGUUUGAAGUUGACUAGUGAGAGGAUGAGUGCCAUCACUAGUUAUGUUUUGACUACUGCUGGAUAGAGGUUGGGAAGUUGGUGAAGGGGAUGGGAGGGGAUGGAAUUGGGAAUUAUUGUAGAUGAGGGUGGGUUAUUAUGGGAGUAAGUGGUUUGGUGGUGGAUGAUGGUGGAUGGUGGUGGUUGUAUUUAAUGGGUGGAUUGAUUGAUUGGUUGAUGAGCGGGUGGAUAAUGCGAGUAUGCGAGCAUGUAUGUAUACACAUGCAUGAGGGAUAUUCAUUUAUUUGUUUACUUGUCUAUUUACCUAGUAGUUAUUGGUCCACAGUACAUUAUAUGCCUAGGUAUCUCAUAUAUACAUGUAUACAUACAUGCACGAAGCGAGGGAAGAACAAAGGAAGGAGGAAAGAAAACUUCAUAGGUGUAGGUGUAGUUACAGGUACUUAAAAUCUUUUGAUAAUAUGAGCGGAGUUUUUUAAAUAGGUGUUUGGGAUGGGAAAUGGAA